CGUUAAGUGUCUGAGAACUGUUGAAUUAUUACUUUGGUUGACAGAGGAGUAGGCUGAUGACAGAGGAGAGGAUCUGUGAUGGCACAGGGCUGUUUACCAGUUUAAACCAUUGAGUUGAACAGAUUGUAAAAUAUAUUUAUUUUAAUGUUUAGUCAGAGAGGUAGGAAAGGAAGGAUAGGAUAUUAAAUGCUUAACUAAUCAUUAUCAACAGGUUGGAGGUUUUAGAGCCUACUUAACUCAUGUUGGCACUACUGAUGAAUUGAAAAAUAAUAUUGAUUUGUGUUUUUGUUUUAUUCAGUUUAUAAUGUAAUAUUCAACAUCACAAUUUACAGUCUUCAAAAUUAACAGCAACACUACUUAUAACAAACCCAAACUGAAUAUUUUAAACACCAUAAAGGUUGUAAUUCUUGCAGGGUUGUUGAAUCAUACUGCAUAAGUGUUAGCUAAACGUAAUCCAAUAAACUAAAUGUAAUUGAAAAUAACAUAGAAUAUUGGUUUAUAGUUGUUGUUGUUUUUUUGUAGUUAAUAGAUAACUGUUCUUAACCACUAAUUGUCUAAAUAAAUGUUAUGUUAAUUUCAUUUUUAAUUUUUCUGUUCACAGAAUUCAAGCACGUCCAGUUCAUGUGGAAAUGUAAGUUUUGUGCCUUUUCCUCCAGUGGCCAAGGAAAAAUAAUACAGCAUUAUAAAGAGCAUCAUGGACAUCACCGGAGGUGUUCAGGCCUUGUCUGCAUUUAUCAAGACUGUUUGAACACAUUUCAAACCCAAACUGAACUUAAAAACCACUUGAAAGAACAUUCAAAAGGUCAUAAAAUUGUGACCAAGUUAUGCUGUGAUUUGUGUACAUUCUCAGAGCCUAGUAACAUUAUCAAAUAUUGUGCCCAUCUGAAGACUCAUUUGAGGAACAGGGAAACAGUUAAAUGUCCGUUUGCAGGUUGCUCUUUCAAGUCCAAUGUACUGUCAACAUUUACUUCUCAUAGAAGUCGCUAUCAUAGGUUGUCCACCUUAAACAGUUUAAGACCAGAGCUUUUUGUACACCAUGCACUUACAAAUGCAGUGCUAGAAGAGGAUUCUGUUUCUGGGACUGAGGCAUCAACUUCAUAUGAUUCAGUACCCGAGGGUGUACCUCCUCUUGAAAAUGGAGAGGCAAUUAAACGUCAGUUGGCAUCUUUAUUUAUCCGUAUGCAAACAAUUCUGCAUGUUUCAAAUUCUGCAGUACAGGAAGUAAUUGAUGAGUUAUUUGACAUUGGAGACUUUGCUUAUAAAAAUAUUAAAACAAUUAUAGAGAAAGUUUUGGAGGAAAAUAACUGUGCAGCUGAUGCCUCUGUUGUAACAUCAUUGUCUGAUGAAAUACAAUCGUUGAACCCACUCAAAUUUCUUUCAAGAGCAGGGCCUUUGGGCACAGAACGUAAAAGGCAGUCAUUUUACAGAAAGAUUUUUACAGUGAUUGAACCGGUUGAAUAUGUGCUAAAUCCACAAGAAAAAAAUCAUUCAUUUGUUUAUGUUCCUAUUUUAGAUUUGUUAAGUAAGUUGUUGGAAAGAAGUGAGAUUCUAGAGAAAUUACAGAGAUCCAAUGGACAGGAAGGUCAUUACUGCUCAUUUCAAGAUGGUGAAUACUUUAAAGAAAACAAACUUUUUGCUGAAGAAUUAGGCAUAGCUCUUGGCUUAUACAUUGAUGAUUUUGAAAUCUGUAAUCCAUUGGGAACUUCAAGAAAGAAACAUAAGUUGUGUGGUAUAUAUUGGGUGAUAGCUAACUUACCCAUAAGACUUAGAUCAACAUUAUCAUCAAUUUAUCUAGCUGCAUUGUGCAAAACUGUACAUAUAAAACAAUAUGGUUACAGCAAAGUUUUGGAGCCUCUGAUUAGAGACCUUCAGCAUUUAGAGACGACUGGUGUAUUUGUGAAAAGACUUGGGUCUUGUGUCAAAGGUACUGUUUUGUAUGUGUCUGCCGAUAACUUAGGUGCACACUCCCUUGCUGGAUACCAAGAGUCUUUCAACGUGGAGAAAUUUUGCAGAUUUUGUUUGGCUAACCUUAAAGAUAUUCAGCAUCAUGAUGUCAGAAGUGGGGCAUUUACUUUGAGAACACCAGAACUGUUUGAUGAAGCCAUUAAUGUGCUUAACACAACUAAUGCCUCGUGUGUUCAUGGUUUGAAGAGAGACUGUCCUUUAAGCAGACUUGCCCACUUUCAUCCUGUAAAAGGUUUUCCACCUGAUUUUCUGCACGAUUUAUUGGAGGGAAUUGUACCUGUGGAACUAUGCAUAUGUCUUUCAGAUCUUAUUGCUAAAAAGUAUUUCACAUUGAAUGAUCUUAAUGAUAGAAUAGCAUCAUUUCCUUUUCAGUUUUCUGACAAAACUAACAGGCCUCAGACAAUACCAACAAACUUUUCAAAAAAAAGAACAAUUGGUGGCAACGGACACGAGAACUGGGCACUUCUGAGAUUUCUUCCACUGUUGAUUGGCCAUCAUGUUCCAGAGAGUGAAAAGACUUGGUCUGUGAUCCUUGAACUGAAAGACAUUGUGGAGGUGUUAUCAAGCCCCUCUUUCACAACAGAAACCCUGUGCUACCUACAAGCCAAAAUUUCUGACCACAGACAGUUGCUCUUAGAAUUAUUUCCUGGUACUAAAUUACGCCCUAAACAUCAUUAUCUUGAACAUUAUCCUGUUCUGAUUCAGAAAUUUGGACCAUUAAUUGAGUUCUGGACAAUACGAUUUGAGGCAAAACAUUCUUUUUUUAAAAGAAUGGUUCACAAUACUGGCAAUUUCAAAAAUAUUCUGCACACGUUGGCCACAAGACAUCAACUGAUGUUGUCAUAUUACUUGGAGAUGCCAACUAUUUUCAAGCCAAGCAUUGAGACUGGACGAGUAUCAGUUGUGUCUGUGGGCAUCCUAGAUGCUGCAAUCAGAGAGGCUGUAUGGAAUAAGUUUGAAGGUCUGGACUCUGUUUCACUCACCUCCAUUGCUUACUUGAAUGGGACAAAAUAUUCUAAAGGCAUGGUACUCUCAGUUGGACAGACGUGUGGACUGCCAGAUUUUGGGAGAGUAUUGGAGAUCUGUGUAGUGGAUGGUUACAUAUCAUUCAUUACUGAACUAUUCACAGCGACCUUCCAAGAGCAUUUCAGGUGUUACCAGCUUGCCAGAAGAGAUCCUGCAACAAUUGUGGUCAUUGAUCCGGACCGUCUGAAUGACUACAUUCCCCUUGCUGCAUACCCUGUUGAAGAAAAGCUGCUCGUCACUCCAAGGACAUUCAUGUUACAUUAAGUUCUUGGUAUCUCAUCAAUGAUGCUUCUCAGAGUCAUCGUCUCACCUCAGGAAAUAAGACGUGUCACCCUACAGGAGGUUCCCCCAUCAGUUGAUGAGCUAUGUGUAGUUCUGGGCAACACUCUGGGCCUCCGUGGGAAGUUCCUUUUACAGUUUGAAGAUCCAGACUUUGGGAAUGAGCUCUGCAAUUUGACAGACAUCAAGGACCUACCAACUGAACGAGCCACACUGAAAGUUCUGUUCACGUUUUCUGAACCAGUUUCUGACUCGACAUUAGAUACUGCAAGCCUUAGUUCCCAGAAUAGUGCAAGCCCCGAGCCCCCUAGUAGUGGUGAUUCUUCAGAAUGGCCUGAUCCCUUUGUUAUUUCAGAUUUCUCCCAUGACGUUGAGUUUCAGCUGAGGGUAGCAAAUGAUGCCUAUGCCAAGGAUGGAGCUGUGACGGUCAUCUCAAAGAGUGUGAAGAGUGAAAUACUGGACAGACUGGCUGAUAGCAUAACCAGAAUCACUUGCUAUCCAAGUAAAGACAAUUUAGAAAGCGUAGCCAAAGCUCUUGUUGCAAAGCAUCCUUGUCUCAGGGAGCCGGGUUCAGGUAAAGGAUGGUACUGCUGGAGAUUCAGCCUGAUAUUCAAGAUGGGCAAUUACCGUCAGAGGAUGAUGGCAGCUGGAUGCCCUGAAGUUCUUGUAAAUAAAAGAAAAAGACAGGGAAACACCAAGCCAGUCAAGAAGGCAAAAAAGGGAGAGAUCCACUACUUACCAGAGCCACCUGAUGGACAAACUACUGUUAAAUCAGAGAAGGAUCGUGAGACCAUGCUUUUGGAAGUGCAGAAGAGAGAGCCAGAUUUGCACCUGCUCGAUGAAUUGAUGACUGCAACAUUCUCCCAGCGAAGACAAGAGAUCAUUGGUGACGAGCCACUCAUUGCUGCAGUCAAGGACAGAUGGCCUGCAUUGUUUAGUGAGAGACAGCUCAGUGCUGAGUUCAGUAGAAUCGUCACCAAAGACCUGCUGGAGUCAUUCCUGGAUGGACUUGAUGCCUUGGUGCCAGAUGUUCUACAGAUGUACGGAGAAGCUGCUGCAUCAGGCAGGAGGGUGCGCCUGAGCAGUGUUCUCAGUUGUCUUCAAAAGGAGGACACGAACCAAAACAAAAGAACAGCUGUCCUACUUGGUCUUCCAUGCUACCUUGCAGAAGAUUCCUCUGACAUAAUCAGGAUGUGUGAUGCUCAUGGUGAAACCCUUGACGUGCUAAUGAGCGGGAUGCAAGUUGGACUGUUGAUUGGACACGAAGGCCCUCUGCAUGAUGCAUUUCCAUUGGAUGUUUUCAACGUGGCUCUGGUAGUAGAGGAGAAGAUCAUCCUACAUGACCUCCGAGAUGUGUCCACAGGCUUUGCCAUGUUACUGGGUGCAAUCUACUGCCUAAACCUUGAGUACCCACGUAAUAUGAAGUAUUCUUUUGAGUUCCUGCAGAGGGUUGUCAUGAACAUUAAACCGGACCAAUGUUCAGCCAGAAUCCAUGGACUCAGAAAUAAACUGCUUAGAUAUCGCAUGUAAACAAAGAAAUGCACUCGUCAAGCAACUACUAGGAGGCAGCAGUUAUUUGGGAAGCUUGCCUUGUUCUUUACACUAGCAUACAGGUUUUCAUCGGCUUAGUUUGUUCAGCACAAGUCAGGUAUGCGUGACAAAUGUGUCACUUGUGAAGUUGAAAAAUCUGAAAUUGUUGAAAAAUCUAAAAUAGUUCAAAUGUGCAAAACAUUUUGAGGUAUAAUGAAAACAAACUUGUUUCGAAUUGUGGUUAAAGAAUCUUUUAGACGUGGAUGUUGAUGUUUUGUAAAGCUCUGCGUAUACCACAUUUUUCCUCUGUACAACUUUGCCAUACUUAUUCUCUCAUUGACAGUUUUAAAAUUGUGUUCAAUUAACACAAAUUUAAGUGAGGAUAAGUAAGUAAGUAUUUAUAAUGUACACCAUUGUUUUUGUUCAUAUGACGAUAUGGACCGGUUAUCUCACUUUUUGCCUCUUAUGACACCUGCCCAUCUGUCCCCCUUUCCCCAGCACUCUCGGUUGUCAACCUCAGUGAGGCCUGUUUUGAUGCCAAGACAUGUUUAAGAUGUAUCAAUGUUCCACAUUGUUCAUAUUCAUGUCGAGAUUUUAUGAUUAUCUGUUUACUAUCUCACAUACCUCAUUGUUCAACCCCACCUCACCUUCUUUCUUUCUACGAGUCCACCCUCUGUCUCGCUGUCUGUCUGCAAGUCCACCCUCUGUCUGUCUGUCAGUCCACCCUCUGUCAGUCCACCCUCUGUCUGUCUGUCUGUCUGUCUGUCUGUCCACCCUCUGUCUGUCUGUCUUGUCUGUCUGCAAGUCCACCCUCUGUCUGUCUGUCUUGUCUGCCUGCAAGUCCACCCUCUGUCUGUCUGUCUUGUCUGUCUGCAAGUCCACCCUCUGUCUGUCUGUCUUGUCUGUCUGCAAGUCCACCCUCUGUCUGUCUGUCUGCAAGUCCACCCUCUGUCUGUCUGUCUUGUCUGUCUGCAAGUCCACCCUCUGUCUGUCUGUCUUGUCUGUCUGCAAGUCCACCCUCUGUCUGUCUGUCUUGUCUGUCUGCAAGUCCACCCUCUGUACAUUACAGAGACAUACAUUGGGUAUGGCAUGUUAAAACCUUUAACUUCUGUUAAAGUUUAUAUAAAUGUAUUUAUAAAAUAAAUGUUCUUGGACAAAUGCAAGAAUUCAGUGUGAAGCUCUGUCAUUUACCAUGCAAGUUGAAACAAAUUUAGAAUUUUAAUCCUCUUAACUUUAAAUGGGGAGUCGUAUAAAUACGGCUAAGUUAGUUUAACUCAGAACUGUGAGUUACAAUAAUAAUGAAAUAUCUGUUUGUUUUACUAGCUAAAGAAUGUUAUUGUAUUGAUAAUGUUUAAAAAAAAUGUUGUUUUAACUCACAGUAUCAAGUUUAAACAAGAUGUGAUUAAAAGUUUUCAUGUAUCAAUGAUGUAUAACUAUAUUUUGUUUCAACUAAUGGUAUCAAGUUAACAUUACAAGUGAUUAAAAGUUAAGUCAACUUUGACAACUUAAAAAACAACAUUGUGACAACUAGAACAGUGUAGUAUAAUCAACCUUUUGAACUUUAUUUUCAGAGUUGAAACAAAGGUAAUCUUAAAUUGA